UGGGCAGGAACACUCAAAUUACACGUGGCGUAAUGAAAAAGAAAGCACAAGAUCCUGCAAGUAAAAGCCUCGUCUUGUGCUGAGCUCUGAGGCCACCAAUAGACGCUCGGAACCAAUUUCACAGAUGAACUGGCUUUGAAAGAGUCGGGCCGCUGACAGUGGGGCUGGACGCGGAAUGCCCCUUCUCUAGGAAUGACUGAAGCAGACGUUUUCAACGCCACGUUGGACGACCUUCCGUAUGGCAGCGACCCCACAGGCAACCUCACGGCGCUUUUCGGCAACGCCACCGGAAACCUUGCUUCGGACGAAGUUUUGGGUCCACGCUACCACAAGCGAGUCCGGAUCUGCAUUAUCGUCACCAUGAUAAUCCUCUCCGUAGUCGGCAACAGUGUCGUCUGCUGCAACCUACUUGUCAAGCAUCGUCACCGCCGCGUGUCCAAGGCCAGGGUGCUCUUUCUGAACCUCGCCAUCGCUGACCUCCUGGUGGCGUGCGUCACGAUGACGUCGCAGGUAGUGUGGGAGGUGAUGGGCCGUCUGUGGAUCGCUGGCGACCCCUUCUGCCGCUUCUUCAAAUUCCUGCAGACGUUCGCGCUCGUCUCCUCCACGUACAUGCUGGUGGCCAUUGCCGUGGACAGGCACAUCGCCAUCGCAACUCCGCUGGCGCCCAGCCCUGACCCGUGGAAGCUUGCCGCCGUCACGUGGGUGGCCUCGUGCAUGCCUUCCCUGCCCAACGUAUACGUGUUCCAUAGCGUCGAAGUGGCACCGGGAAAGUGCUUCUGCGCGUCCAUCUUCUACGACCGCGGCACACCACUCUACCACCGCCAGAUCUACAUGGGGUUCGUGUUCUUCAUGGUGUUUGUGGCGCCGCUCGUACUUCUGAUUGCGUUCCACACUGGAAUACUCUGGACGCUUUGGAAGCACAGCGCCACAGGUCGGAAGGUGGGCCAGCAGACUACAUCGUCGCUUCCGCGGGCAAAGGUGAAAACGUUGAAGAUGACAGCCGUGGUAUUCGGUGCCUUCCUAGUGACCAACGUGCCGUACAUGGUGCAAGAGGCCAUUCUCGCUUUCGGCAACCCUGGCAUCCUGGACGCCAAUGUAGUGGCCCUGUUCGGCGUCAUCUCGGCCUCAAACAGCGCCAUCAAUCCGUACAUCUUCCUGUACUUUCAGCGGCCGCGCAAGGACGCCGGCAACGGCGGUUUCUGGAGAAGAGCGUCCCGGCUGGUGCGCGAGUCGCUCACGUGUCGCCUGCUCAACAGGGCCCACACAGAUUCGCAGGUGUCCACUGACCCGGCUGACGCUUACUCCCCGGCGCGCCUCACCAAAGCUUGCAACACAGCAACGAGCGGCGACUGCGCACUGACGCCCAAAGACAGGGAGAGCGAGAUGUGUUGAUCAUGACUGUGUGAGAACGCUGAGACCACGUGGGAAUGGUGACCUGUGUGUAGUCACCGUGAACCCGGUCGCUACAUCGUCAACGCCGGGACUUCGGCUUUGACUGUGAUGUGCUCUUGUGUUAUCGUUUUACGAACCAUGUCCUGACGUGUGGAUUGUGUGGUGAGUGGCAUCACCGCAAACUCUCUCGUCAUAACACGAGAACAUCAGUCAUUAGUGCGCGCGGUGCCCGGGGGGCACCCUUCAGCUGUAGCAGCAUGUUCUAAAGAAACCAGCAGUAUUAGUACUUCAGGUUAACAGCAAGAGUAAAAGUGACCACCUGCUGUGUUCGUCAUCAGUGUGUUGCUUAACUAUACCGAUCUGGAAAAAUAGUUGAACAUUGACUUUAUCACUCGGAGUUACGAAAUUAUGACUGAAAAUGAUGGUGUUCCGAGCGUCCAUGGCUUCGUGCGCUCCCUCUAUCUCUAACCUUGUUCUCGAUGUCAUUUUCGCUAAAACAAUUGUGCAUUAUUUUUGUUUAGCUUUAGGGGCACCAGAGUGUGCUCUGUGUAAAGAGUGCACACGCAUUAUUCGUCCACAAUAAUUACCUAGUUCCGAGGUGUGCACAACGAGAGAGUAUCCCGUGAGCACUACAUCCAAGGUAGAUGUGCACAGUGCCACAUGAAAAGCUAGAGCUGUAAAUAUAGAAUGUGCGUAUUUUUUCCAGAACAUCUCAUUUGUUAAUCGAUAGCCUGGUCUUCACUUAGACCAUAGUACUUGCGCAUGGAAGGCUUUAAGCCCAAAAUGGCACUGAAAGCUUGGAGGAACGCAGAAACCAUUUGUUCAUGUUCUGAGUUUUUUCUUUCCUUAAAAAAAGCAUUUGUUAACCCUGGGUACAACAAUUCGGAACGUCAUAUUCACCAGCAUGCCAUGAAUAAUUCAA